GCUGAGCAUGACCCGGAAGUAGUUUCCAAACACACUCGUUUCUCUGACGAAGACGGAGCACACGCGUUCAUCACCGCCUCAAAACGCUGUUUUCAUCGACAACAAACCAUGAGUCUGUUAACAAAACCAAAGUCAGAGAUGACUCCCGAAGAGCUGCAGAAACGGGAGGAGGAGGAGUUCAACACCGGGCCCCUCUCGGUGCUCACCCAGUCGGUCAAGAACAACACGCAAGUCCUCAUCAACUGUCGCAACAAUAAGAAGCUGCUUGGAAGAGUGAAAGCUUUUGACAGGCAUUGCAACAUGGUCUUGGAGAAUGUGAAGGAGAUGUGGACGGAGGUUCCCAAAAGUGGAAAGGGAAAGAAGAAGUCUAAACCCGUGAAUAAAGACCGUUACAUUUCUAAAAUGUUCCUCAGGGGAGACUCUGUCAUCGUUGUGCUUAGAAAUCCUCUGAUCUCAGGAAAAUGAACUCUUUAAAUGUGACCCAGCUGAGUGGCUAAGUUUUUUUCUUUCCUUUUUACAAUUUGGAUUUUGGAGAUUUUUGUUUUACUUUGUUGUUUUGAUAUUUGUUGUGGGAUCACCGUGCUUGCUAUUGAGAUGGAAAACAUUGUCAACAGUGUUUCUUAUAGACAGUCAGGCUGAUAUGUUUUCUUUUGCAUUGUCUGUCUUUUUCAUUUUAAUAAUAAAAUGAAUAGAUCCAAAA